AUGCGGUCCCUCUCGGCGCUCCUGCCGUCGAAAAUCACGCUUCGCCGUUUGUGGUCAGCUUUAACGUCAAAUCCGUCGCAACCGGCAUCGCUGUCCAUUUUCACCGUCUCGCUCAACCUCUUUUCGACAUCAUUGCACCCCGCCGUCCUGCUCAGCUUGCCCUUUUAUUUUUCGCGCACAGAGGUGCUGCUGGGCAUCCUUGGGCUGUGUGCAGUUGCCAUCCUCGGCGGUGUGGGAGGUGGCCUGUGGGUCGUGCUCGGGCGCUAUGUCAAUGCGACCAACGUCGAGAAUAUCGUAGGGGCAGGGUGCGCACGAAAUAGUCGCUGGCGAGCAGAGAUUGGCAGGACCGUCACAGGUCUUCUGGUAGGCACGUACGCCACUGGUAGUGCCUUCAUUGCUUACUUUGCGUUGGCCGAUUUGCUGCUCCAAAUCUUCUUUCACUACUCUCCUCGCGGCAUUCCGUUGCACGAUCGCGCCUUCGUGACGCUGGUGAUCGGCGGGAUCUUUACGACGCCACUCCUUGUCUUUCCACUCGCCAAGCGGACGUUGAUCCGUCUCAAUUCGGGCCUCACCAUCGUUCUAUACCCACUGAUUCUCACGAUCUUGUUCGCCAAGAUCUAUACCUGGGAGCAGGAGACACUGCCGUCGCUCGAUGUGACUCUUGAGCAUCCAAAGAAGCUUGAACUUCCGAACGCGAACCCUUUCAGCUCGCCUUCGAUUUGGGGACCCUAUUCGCUUCUACCGCUCUUGACGCUCUCUUCAUCGCCACUGCAAAUCAUGCAGCACCAGCGCAGCUUGCGAAGAAAAGGUCUGUCCGGGAGCAAUGUCAAGGCUUUCAUGGGCGCCCAAACUGGCCAGGUCCUUGCCGUCAUUGGUGUUUGCACGGCGAUGGGUGUCGGCGUGGGCCUCAAAGGAAUGCAUGAGCGCUUGGGCUUGCAACUUCACCCGAACCUCUUCACGUCCCUACCUAAGGGCGAUGAUACUGUAAAUUUUGCGCGACUCCUCUUUGUUCUCCUGCUCAGCUCCCAUCUGACGCUGUGCGUCGUCACGGCGCGUUCGUCGUGGUCCCGCAUCCUCCGGCGCUUCAAACUGAAUCCACUGCGUCGACGACGGAGGGUGCAGAUGUCGUCGGCGGGGAUCAUUGCUGCAGACGACUCGCCGCACGUUGCUGUGAACAGCAGCAGCGCAGGGCCGCAUCAUCACCAGCCCGAAGCCACUGGAGAAUGCUCGCAUGAUGAGGGGAACCCACCGCGACGGUGGGGCAAGCUCGCGCGCAACGCGCUGGCCGGCCUGAUCCUCUGGGCGCUCGUUGCGGGCCUCGCGUAUGCGUCCGGCAACGGGCGCAUCCGGCGCGGCGAUGGAGAGAAAGAUGGCGAGGAGGCGCGUUUUACGCGCGCGUCCGAGGUGCUCGGGCUCAUGGGCGCCGCCGUCGGGUUUGUCCUGCCGAGCCUGGUGUGGGUCAUUUUGUUCUGGAUUCGCAGACCGAGAAGCAUCCUGCCCGUCGGCGAGUCGCAGAACGCGCGCGACCUGGAGCGCCGACCACUGCUUCCUCGCUCCGCGCUUUCGAUCAAUGACCACAGACCAUCACCAUCGCCACCACCACCAGCAGCAACAGCAGCAGGGCGGCAUGAAGGCGAAGAGGGCACUGGAGCUGACUCGCCGCAUUGGCAUCCGAACAUGCAGGCUCUCCCCACGCGAACGCCGAGGGGCGGCGGCGACUCGGACUACGAUGCGGAGGACGAAGGGCAGCGCCGCAAGAUCUUCCGCACUUGGCUCCGCGAAUCGAAUGCGGACCAUCGCGACGAACAGACUGCGAUCCUGCUCGCGAAGAAGGAGCGGCAGAUGCAGAAGAAGACGAAAGGGAUGCGCAGGUGGCAGGACCUGCUUGUCAUUGGCGGCGUGCUCCCGCUCGGCAUGGCGUUGCUGUUGCUCGGCGCAAUCGAGUUGCAUACGGGUGCCUACUAG